ACUGAAUUGAAAAAGACCAAGACGCCACCAUUUUAUUGUUUUGCAAAUGAUUCGGCUAAUCAAUGCCUAAUCACUUUGUUUAAAAAAAAUACUACGUAUUUGAUAAUGUGACGACAUGAUGAAAAAGGUAAAGUCGUGCCCAUGUGCCCAUGUCCUACAUGCAUAAAGCACGUUGACUGACUUGAGUCUUGAUUGACACAAGUCUACUUCAAACAGCAAACAAACAGCCAUCAGCUUGGACAGGAUUGGCAUGGUGGAUGGUUGAGCUGAGGAGGAUUUCUGACUUCUUGUAGUGAAGAACACCCAGCUACCAUAAAAUUUUUGUAGCAAGUUUCUAAAGCAUGUCUAACUUAACAUGCUUCCUUUUCCUUCUCAGCGUAACCCCUUAUGCAGCUUCCCAUAGUUUCGAUUUCCCAAAUAUUACUCCACACGAAAACCAGAAGAUAAAAACAUCAGGGUGUGGAGCUUAUAUCUCUGACCAAGGAAUCCAGGUGACCCCUGAAAACAAUCGUCAUUUAGACAACAGGACAGCAGGCUGGGCAACAUACAUCACACCGCUUCAUCUGUGGGAUAAGAAGUCUAAAGAGCUAGCCAGCUUCUCUACACAUUUUUCAUUUGUUAUUGAUUCAAACAAUAAUACUGAUUACGGUGAUGGCCUCACAUUCUUUCUUGCUCAGAAUAAAUCCAUGAUUGAAUCAGAUUUGGAAAAUUAUUACGGUGGAGGAGACAUUGGGCUUCCGUUCAAUAGCACAACCAACCUCUCAACUGUUCCGUUUGUCGCGGUAGAGUUUGAUACAUAUUAUAACCCUAGUUGGGAUGCAACCCCACUUGAUCAUGUAGGCAUAAACAUCAAUAAUCUUUCUUCUGUUAGGUAUGGAUAUUGGUGGAGCAACAUUACGUAUGGGAAAGAGUGUCGAGCUUCGAUUAAUUAUGAUUCUGUUUCCAAAAAUCUUAGCGUUUCCUACACCAAUAGCCGAGAUGAUAUAGAUGAACUUUAUUACGCCAUUGAUCUAAGGGAGGUGUUGCCAGAAUUUGUGAUUUUUUGGUUUUCAGCAGCAACAGGUGCCUCGUUCGAGAAAAACAAUGUAAGGUCUUGGACUUUUAAUAGUUCUAUUCUACACAUUGACAAAAGAAUUGACAUACCACCAACCAUUAGCCCCCAAAAAAUUUAUCAGAACAACACGCUACCACCAUCCAUAAGUCCGGAUUCAACGAAGGAGAAGAAGAGGACAGGAUAUAUAGUGGAAUUGAUUGCUGGAGCCUCUGUUGUACUUGCUUUGUUGGUUAUUGUUACAAUUGUUUGUUGGAAAAUGAGGAAAAACAUGGGAGAUGAAGUUGACGAAUUUGGAUCUGGUCUGGAGAUGAACAAUGAAUUCACAAUGGGCGUCGGACUUCGAAGAUUCUCUUACCGUGAAUUAGCUCGGUCAACUGGUGGCUUUUCCGAGAAACAAAAGCUAGGCGAGGGAGGUUUUGGAGAGGUUUACAAAGGGUUUCUGGAUGAAUUGAAAAUAUAUGUUGCAGUCAAAAGGGUAUCCAAGAAUUCCAAACAAGGGAUCAAGGAGUACGCAGCAGAAGUAAAGAUCAUUAGCCGAUUGAGGCACAAAAAUCUCGUCCAAUUGACUGGUUGGUGCCACGAGAAAGGAGAACUUUUGCUUGCUUAUGAGUUUAUGGAAAAUGGAAGUUUAGAUUUACAUCUCUUUAAUGGAAACAGCUUGUUAGCAUGGGGAACAAGGUACAAGAUUACCUGUGGUCUGGCCUCUGCUUUGCUAUAUCUACACGAAGAUUGGGAGCAAUGUGUUUUGCAUAGAGAUAUCAAAUCGAGUAAUGUGAUGUUGGACUCAAAUUUCAAUGCUAAGCUUGGCGACUUCGGGUUAGCUAAGUUGGUUGACCACGAGAAAGGCUCACAGACUACAAUGUUGGCUGGGACUUUGGGUUACAUGGCUCCUGAAAGCGUAGUAACUGGAAAGGCAACCAGAGAAUCAGAUGUGUUUAGCUUCGGAGUUGUUGCAUUGGAAAUAGCUUGUGGGAGAAAACCCAUCGUAUAUAAGGCUCAAGAAAACCAAAUACGAUUAGUAGAAUGGAUUUGGGAGCUUUAUGGGAAUGGAACACUUUUAGAAGGGGUAGAUCCACGGCUAGGGUCAGAUUAUGUGGGAGAAGAGAUCACACGUGUGAUGAUCCUUGGGCUAUGGUGCGUGCACCCUAACCCAAAUAUUCGCCCUUCAAUGUGACAAGUUAUUCACAUUCUGAACUCUGAAGCUUUUCUGCCCAUACUCCCCUCAAAGAUGCCGGUGGCUUCUUAUUUGUCGUCUCCCAUGUCUUCAUCAUACGGCAUGCCUUCUGUCAUCCAAGACAUCAAGUGGUGCAUCUAAAUUGGAUUCCUCAGAGAAAACAACAUCAUCGACAGUCUCUUCUCAUUCUCCAUAUGUAUCACUGUUGUAUUCAGAGUAAUGAAAUAUUCCAUCCACUCUCAGUUUUUGCAGAAGAAGAAAUGGAGCUUCUAAUGAUUUUGUUUAUGGUGUGUGUAUACAAUAAAUGGUAUUUUCUUCUUGUUUGUUUGAUUUCGUUCAUAUGAUCUGCAGAUAUGUGUCGAAAUUUAUGAUUUUCCAGUUGGGACUAUUUCUUAGUGUACGUAUAUUUAUGUAAGGAGCUGAUUGAUAAUUUAUAAAAAUGUGAAAGAAAGAAAAAUAGGUAUCCAUUUGAAAUUAAA